GUUUCAUUUUGAAUGAACAAGUGGAGCUAGUUGAUGACCGAAUCUUUCACGACUUCCACAAAUUUUUAAUGAACAAGUGGAGCUAGUUGAUGACCAAAUCUUUCACGACUUUGCACAAACUAAUAAUUAUACAUGAACUUUUUUUUUUUUUUUCUUUGGUCAACAAAAUACAAACUAAUGAAAAAAAAUAAUUCAAAAUAAAUAUAGAGAUAAAAACAAAUAAUGCUGUGCAGGUCCUUCAUCAUGAUUCAUUCUCCAUAUUCGUCGUGAGAUUUCCUCUAGAUUUUGCUUUGCUUUCACUUUCAGAGCUAAGAGUUCACAGAGUUCCAGAUAAGAGAGAGAUGGAGUUUUUGCUCAGCAUAUUGUGUAUAAUCCUCACCUGGAUAUUCGUCCAAGCUCUCCGUUCAAUCACAAGAGGGAAAACAAGGUCUAGAAAGCUUCCACCCGGACCAAAACCAUUACCAAUUAUUGGAAACCUUCACCAACUUGGUAACAAACCCCACAAGUCCCUGGCCGAGCUUGCAGAAAUUCAUGGCCCUCUAAUGACCAUGAAGCUUGGCCAGGUAACCACCAUAGUUGUUUCCUCAGCAGCCAUGGCCAAAGAGAUCCUCCAAACACAUGACCAGAACUUCUCCAACCGAGCAAUCCCGGAUGCAAUCAGAGCUCAACAACAUGAUGUUAAUGCACUGCCUUGGAUUCCUGUUUCAAAACUCUGGCGAACCCUUCGGAAGAUAUGCAACAUCCAGUUGUUUUCCACCAAGAUACUCGAUAACAACCAGAAUCUAAGACAGAGAAAAGUGCAAGAGCUUGUUGCAGAUGUCCAUAAAAGCAGCUUAACCGGUGAAGCAGUAGAUAUGGGCAGCGCAGCUUUCACAACAACAGUGAACCUCAUGUCUAAUACUGUUUUCUCUAUUGAUCUAACCGACCCAAGUUCUGAUAUGGCGGCGGAGUUCAGAGAGUCUGUGAUGAAAAUUAUGGAAGGGGCUGGGAAACCAAACUUGGGAGACUAUUUUCCUUUACUUAGGAAGAUUGACCCCCAUGGCAUAAGACGGAGCAUGACAAUUCACUUUGGGAAGAUAUUAGACGUGUUGGAUAGAAUGAUGAAUGAGAGGUUGCAGUUUAGAAAAUUGCCUGGUUCUAGCAGAAAGAACGAUGUGUUAGAUACACUACUCGAUAUCAUAGAAGAAAACAGCGAGGAGAUCAACAAAUUUCAAAUUCAGCAUCUGUUACUGGUUCUAUUCGUAGCUGGGACAGAUACAACUGCGUCCACAUUUCAAUGGGCAAUGGCAGAGCUGCUGAGGAAACCAGAGAUUCUAUCGAAAGCCAGAGCAGAACUGGAGAAAAUCAUUGGCAUAGGAAACCCAAUUGAGGAAUCAGAUAUCGCUCGCCUACCAUACCUGCAAGCAAUUGUAAAAGAGACUUUUCGAUUGCACCCAGCACUUCCAUUAUUGCUUCCUCGUAAAGCCGAAGCCGAUGUAGAAAUUGGAGGCAUCGUCAUCCCAAAGGGUGCACAAUUAUUCAUCAACGCAUGGGCAAUUGGCAGGGAUCCAAGUACAUGGGACGACCCAAAUUCAUUCAACCCAGAGAGGUUCUUGGGGUCCGAAAUGGAUGUCAAAGGAACAAGCUUUGGGCUCAUUCCGUUUGGUGGGGGACGGCGAAUCUGUCCUGGAUUGCCAUUGGCGACAAGAAUGUUGUACUUGAUGCUGGCUUCGCUUAUUCACUCCUUUGAUUGGAAACUUGAAGAUGGGAUUAAACCAGAGGACGUGAACAUGGAGGACAAGUUUGGUAUAUCAUUGGAAAUGGCUCAGCCAUUAAGAGCUGUCCCUGUCACUGUCACCGUCACCGUUUAAGUUUUCCUUAUUAUCCAAUAGUGGAGAAAACCCUUUCUAUGUUUUUUUAAAAUGCAUAGAUAAUUAUAUUUUUUGGGAAUUUUGUUUUGUUUUUUUAUUUAUUUUUAUUUAUUUUAAAAAUAAUUUUAUCAAACGCCUGGAGGAAAGCCUUCUCUGACCUUGGUUUGCGUGUAGAAUUUUUAAUGCAUCGGGCAAACAAAAAUGUAAACGUCAGGAAAAAUAACAAAAUAAAUGUCUAUUCUGAUGAUGUAUACAUGGGCUUUUACUAAAAAGAAUAAAAAAAAAAAAAACGAAAUAUACAUAAGAUUCCAGCA